AUGAACGUUGACAGGGCAGAAGGGCAUCCUCCAGCCAAGAAUCCUGAGAAAAUGUACAAUAAGCUGAGUAAAGCAGUACCAGUAGCUAUUACUGGUUACGAUCUUUCCAAGGCCCUUGCUGGGCUUCGCCAUUGGAAAUUGGUCAACAAUGUCCUGACGAGGGAGGUUGGCUUUAAAGACUACGAAUCCACCUGGGCAUUCCUAACGCAAGUCCACAUGAGAUCUCACCUGUGGGGACAUCAUCCGACGAUUACCACAACAUAUGUGAAUGUCAAACUCGAACUGUCAACACACGACCUACAGGACCAAAUCAGUGACAUCGACCUAAAGAUGGCCAAAAAGAUUGAAGAAUACAUACAGGUACACAAGCAUAAUGAGUGA